UAAGUAAAUCAUUUAUGCAUUGUUUUAUAAAAUAUGAUUGGUUAACAAUAUUGACAGAAAGAAAAAACAAAUAGAAUCUUUUUAACUAAGAUUUGAGAGUAUCGCAAAAGUUUUGAUACUUAGUUGACAAUGUCUCUACAUUGCAACAUAUGUUUGUUGAACUUUCAAGAUAAUAAUGCCUUUCAAGGCCACCUUGGAGGUAAGAAACAUUUUAAGAAAGUUCAACAGGCCGAAAUCGUUGAAAGGUCAAUAGUAGUAUCACCGUUACCAAAAUGGAUCCAAGGCCGUCAGUUUAUUAAUUUUUUCCAAAGACAUGGCAAAAUCAAACAGCAUAAAAUCGGUCCAGAUUACCUUAUCAUAGAAUUUUGUGACAGUAAAUCUGCUGAAGCUCUAUUAAAAACACCUGUUUGGCUACACAACAAAAAAUUGAAUAUAAAAAGAAGAACACUGCAAGAUGAUCAAAGGGAGCCAAAGUCAACAAAGCAAAAUAGCCCCAUAGAAACCGAAGGCCAAAUAAGUUACAAUAACAUAAAACAAAUAUUCAAAAGUAAGACCACGUUCGAUAAUCAGUUAGCAGUAUUUCUGAAUACGAUACAACUUACCGAUGAAGAAAUCGAAGAAAGAUACGAUCCCAUUUGUACGAAACUGAACAUGAUGUUUAAGGUAGUAUUUCCAAGAUGUACUACAUACAAAUUUGGUUCGACUCAGACAGGACUAAGUUUCAAAAACUGUGAUUUAGAUAUAUACGUAGAUAUUGGUGAGCCAAUAUACGAAGCUGAACAUGAAUUGCGAGAUGUAUGGACUAUGUCGAAAAUCUUUAGGGUAGUGAAGAAAAUGUUGUACCGAAAGAAUUACGUUUUCUCUAAUAUAGUAUUAAUUCCAAGAGCCAAAACACCUAUCAUAAAAUUUUGUUAUGUUAAAACAGACGUUUCUUGUGAUAUUUCAUUUAAAAACAUGUUAGGUAUAUAUAAAACUUACUUGAUAAAGCAUUGCAUUUCUCUGGAUAGCAGACUGAAGCCGUUAAUGAUGCUUAUCAAAUACUGGGCGAGACAUUUUAAAAUAUCUGGCACAGGAAGAAUAUCAAAUUUCGCUUUAGUUUUGAUAAUUAUCUUUUAUCUGCAGCAGCCGUCCGUUAACAUUAUUCCUCCUCUAAUGAAACUCCAAGAGACUUGUAAUCCACAAGUUAUAAAUGGUUGGCAAGCUAAUUUUGAUGAAAAUGCAACCUUGCCUCCGAUUACUAAUAAGAACAGCAUUCCACAACUCCUUCAUGGUUUCUUUCUUUUCUAUGCAUCUUUUAUGUUCAAAUCGCAAGUGAUUUGCACAUUGGAUGGAAUGACACGUGCAGAAUCGGAAUUUGAGGAUUUCGAAAGUCUGCCAGAGUAUAUGCAUAGGUAUAAAGAAUAUGCCAGACACCCUGACAAUAUUAAAUUAAAUACCAAUAGACCUAUAUGCGUCCAAGAUCCUAUAGAACUUAGUCAUAAUAUCACAGCGUGCACACCAUACCUUCUGUUGGGCACUUUUACGAGGUACUGUGCUAUUGGCUCUGAGAUCUGUGCAACAACUAGCAAAGAUGGGUACAGAGAUUUGCUGGACACCUUGUUUGGUACGGUGCUACCAAAGAAACCUCCUAAAAAUAAAUUUAUAAUUACGAUCUCUGCGAAUCGUUUUCAGCAGGUCAAUAAAUCGAAUGAUAGCAAAACAAAUGCUGCUGAGAAUUCGAAAUUUACUCAAAGGGAUUGGUAUUUUACUGUCUUUAAUAUAGUAAAAGAUAUUUUUGAGAAGGUUUUUAAAUUACAAGUGGAAGUUCUCACCGCUGAUGUUGAAGCGAAGCAACAGAAAAUUGAAAUGUUAUCAGAUGUGCAUACAGGGAAAUAUGAGAAACUUGUACUCCAUUGUAUCGGUUCUCACUGUGUAUGGCGUAAUAGAAAAAUUAUCAGUGUUGUUUUCGAUACUAGCUUGAGUUCUCUGGAAAAGGAAACUCUUAUAUCGGAGAAAGUUAUAGAAAACUGUGGUAAAACAAGCGAGACGAAUGGUAUAAAGUUAGAUUUUAUAUGCACAUUCGAAAAGAAAACAGAUCUGCAAAAGGUUUUUUUGACUAUAAAUAUUAAAGAUUGCGACGAUAAUGUUUUUCAAGAAUUCGCAUGUUUUGCUAAAAAUAAGCUACCUGAGAUAGUAGAACGAACAUUGAUACACAUGCAACAAUUCGAUAAAUGGUACUAAAUAAGUGCAUAAUAUGUCCAGAUAUAUAAAUACACGACUAUGGACCAAAGGUGUGUAACUAUUGGAAAUCAUUAGGAAUUACAUCUUUAUCACUGAUGUAGUAUAAUUUCUUUAUACAGAUGUUACAAUAGUUUUUCUUUUCAUUUUAAUUAAAUUGAUAUUGCAUUAUUGUGUGUAAAUAAACUUAUAUAUUUAUUCUAA